AUGGUCGAAGGCCACGGCGUGCACAGAGUCGCGCAAGCGCACAGGCGCGCGCUCGUCGGAAAGAAGUUCAAGGCGUCGUCCCCGAACGGGCGAUUCGUCGACGGCGCGCGCGCGAUCGACGACAAGGCGCUCGCGCGCGUCGAGGCGAUCGGCAAGAAUCUCUUCUACUUCUUCGACCGCGGAGAAGGAGGAAGAGGAGGAGGAUCCGAGAGGCACGGUCAUCACGUGAUGCACGUGCACUUCGGCAUGAGCGGCCGCUUCAGCGUGCACGCGGCGUCGGACCCGCCCGCGGCGACGCCGACGACGCGCCUCAAGCUCGAGGGCCACGGCCGCGUCGCGAUGCUCAGCGCGAUGGUCGUCGACCUCAUGGACGAGUCGGGGUUCGAGGCGAAGCGCGUCGCGCUCGGGCAAGACCCGCUGCGCGAGGACGCGUGCGCGGAUACGCUGUGGGAGAAGUUCACGGCGUCGCGCAAGUCCGUCGGGCUCGCGUUGAUGGACCAGUCGAUGUUCGCGGGCGUGGGGAACAUCUACCGCGCGGAGAUCCUCUUCAAGGCUGGCGUGCAUCCGGAGCAACCGUGCCGCGACCUCGACCGCGGCGUGUUCGAUUCGCUCUGGCGGCACUCGGUCGAGCUCCUCCAACGCGGGUACUCCACGGGCAGCAUCCUGACCGUGGACCCAGAGGAGGCGCUGGUUUUGGGCGAGCCGUGGACGCGACGGUACGUGUACAACCAGUCGUCGUGCGGGCGGUGCGGCGGGAAGGUGUUGACGUGGGAGAUGGCCAACCGGACCGUGUACUGCUGCGGCGGGAGCUGUCAAAAGUUGAUCGAAUCGAGAUCGUCAGGACUUUGCCCGGCGCAUCUCUCCGCCCACCCCCCGCUUUCAAUCCCCGUCCUCGGCGCCUUUCAACUCCAACUGACGCCUUUCAACUCCACCCCGACGUUCGCUCGUAUGGAACGGCCCUCAGUCGCGAAUCCAUCAUCCGGAGCCGGAGCGAAGAAGAGGGCCGCGGCGAAGAAGGUCGUUCGCGAGCACGUGCCGUUCGUGUCGCACUGCGCGCCGGACAGCGGCGCGACCGCGGCGUCGGAUCCGUCCAAGAUGACCGUGAAGGCGCUGAGAGAGAUCCUCGCGGCGGGGAGCGACUCAGAGAAGGCCGUCGUCUCGGCUUCGGCGAAAAAGCCGGAGCUCGUCGCCGCCGUCGCCGCGCUCCUCCGCGCGGCGAAGAAGGAGGAGGAAGACGGAACGUCAACCGUCGCGCGGUCGACGCCGACGAAGAACACCAACACCGAGAUGCGCGUCAAGGUGGUGGUCGCGAAGACCUCCGAGUCGCCGCGGACGCCGACGCCGGGGACGCGAGGGCUCGCGAUGCGAAGUGAGGUGCGUUCUACACACUGGUCCCCAUACGACCCCGUCGGCGUGGUGAACGCCAUUCCUUAAGGACUUUUCCCGGCGCAUCUCUCCGCCCAGCCCUCGCUUUCAAUCCCCGCCCUCGACGCCUUUCAACUUCAACUGACGCCUCUGAACUCCACCCCGACUUCGCUUUGUAUGGAAUGGCCCUGAGGCGGACGCGGUGCGGGACAAGGCGAACGCGGGCGAGAAGAGAAACGUGGAGCACGUCGCGCUGGAGGACGACGCGUCGAGGGCGGUCGUGCGGGGGGAGAGAGAGAGAGUUGUCGCCGCGAAGGGUGGGAAGAAGCGGGGAAGAGCGGGGAAGGCGCUCGCGCCGGUCACCCCGGAGGCGCGCGCGAC